AAUAACAAUCUGCUUGAGCGGGGUAAACUUCACAUCCGGGGCGGGGCCUACAUAAUCUGGGUGUCAAACGCCUUGGGAAUUGCGCAUGCGCGUUAUUAGCCUUGGUUUGACAGACGGGGCGCGGUUAGUCCAAAAAAGAGGCGGUAGGAGAAUUGGGCAUGCGUAGUCGUAAACCAGAGCCUCUCCAGUUUGGGUGGAGCCUAAUGGCACUGGGGCGGGCUUGCAGGAAGAUGGACAGGAGUGAAGCCGCUAGAGGAGGGGCGGGGCCCGAGGGGCGGGACCUCGGGUGGCCCGAGGUGGCCGGGUUGCUUGGGUGCGUAGCAGCGCAGUCCGAUUCAUCCCGGCCAGGGGAUGGCGUCCCCACGGGAACUGACCCAGAAUCCCCUGAAGAAGAUCUGGAUGCCAUACAGCAAUGGGCGGCCCGCCCUGCACGCCAGCCAGCGGGGUGUUUGCAUGACCAACUGCCCGGCGCUCAUUGUCAUGGUGGGCCUGCCAGCCAGGGGCAAGACCUACAUUUCUAAGAAGCUGACCCGGUACCUCAACUGGAUUGGUGUGCCUACUCGGGAAUUCAACGUUGGCCAGUAUCGCCGGGACAUGGUCAAGACAUACAAAUCUUUUGAGUUUUUCCUCCCAGACAAUGAAGAAGGCCUGAAAAUCAGGAAGCAAUGUGCGCUGGCAGCCCUCUGUGAUGUCCGGAAAUUCCUCAGUGAGGAGGGGGGACAUGUGGCGGUUUUUGAUGCAACCAAUACCACCCGAGAACGAAGAGCGAUGAUCUUUAACUUUGGGGAACAGAACGGCUACAAGACCUUCUUUGUUGAAUCUAUCUGUGUGGAUCCUGAGGUCAUAGCUGCCAACAUUGUGCAAGUGAAGCUAGGCAGUCCUGACUAUGUCAACCGGGACAGCGACGAGGCCACUGAGGACUUCAUGAGGCGCAUUGAGUGCUAUGAAAACUCCUAUGAGACUCUGGAUGAGGACCUGGACAGGGAUCUCUCCUACAUCAAGAUCAUGGACGUGGGCCAGAGCUACGUGGUGAACCGCGUAGCUGACCACAUCCAGAGUCGCACUGUUUAUUACCUCAUGAACAUCCACGUGACACCCCGCUCCAUCUACCUCUGCCGGCAUGGGGAAAGUGAACUCAACCUCAAAGGCCGCAUUGGUGGGGAUCCUGGCCUAUCUCCCCGAGGCAGGGAGUUUGCCAAACAUCUGGCUCAGUUCAUCAGCGACCAGAACAUCAAGGACCUGAAGGUCUGGACAAGCCAGAUGAAAAGGACGAUCCAGACGGCGGAGGCGCUGAGUGUGCCUUACGAGCAGUGGAAGGUCCUCAACGAGAUUGACGCGGGUGUCUGUGAGGAAAUGACCUACGAAGAAAUCCAGGACCACUACCCACUGGAGUUUGCCCUCAGGGAUCAGGACAAGUACCGCUACCGGUACCCCAAAGGCGAGUCCUAUGAAGACUUGGUGCAGCGACUAGAGCCUGUCAUUAUGGAACUGGAGAGACAGGAGAAUGUGCUGGUCAUUUGCCACCAGGCUGUGAUGCGCUGCCUGCUGGCCUACUUCCUUGACAAGGCAGCUGAAGAGCUGCCCUACCUCAAAUGUCCCUUGCACACAGUCCUGAAGCUCACACCUGUAGCUUACGGUUGUAAAGUGGAGUCCAUAUUCCUGAAUGUGGCAGCUGUGAACACACACCGAGACAGGCCUCAGAAUGUAGACAUAUCCAGGCCUUCAGAGGAAGCCCUUGUCACAGUCCCUGCUCACCAAUGACCACGUCUCAUCCAAGACCCCCGGGCGGGCCCUGACUUCUCCAGGCCUCCUUGGUGUUUGCAAUACUGAUGAUGUCACCACGCAGGAACACUCCUGGAAGCCAUGGAUGGCUGGCAACACUCAGAACCCCCAGCCUAGCCCACCUGCCUCCUUGUUGACAACCAGUGACAGAGUUGGGUAUGGCUGCUGACCUGCUGCUGAGUUCCCUGGGCUUUGUGCCCUGCGCUGGCCUCUCUGCUACAGCCCUCAAGCAGCCUUCUCACCAGGCUGGCUGCUUCAUGAGGCUUGCAACCUUAAAUGUGACACUGAGACAAAAAGUCUCACUAGGACGUCCCCACUGUGGCCCAGCUGCCUGAAAUGGGCCAGGUGACCCUUGGAGAGCUCUACCGUCCUCUCUGUAGCCACUCUUGAAGCCAGAGGCCAGAUAUUCGUGGGACCUCAGUGUAUGCUGCCUCUGGUGAAGGGGAAAGCCCUUGCUUCCCACCUGGAUGUCACCUAUAUUUGUGGUACUCACGAGAACAGCACAUCCUCUUGGGCGUUUAACACUGAAUAAAUGUGGAGGGCAGCAUUUGUAAUGCCUUCCUAACGUCUACCAAGUUGUACACUGGAAUAUAGGGUAGCUGCAGCUCAGGCUGCCUUGUCCUAAUUCCUCCAUGGGGGACCGCGUAAUGACAAGGCAGCCGCACGAAGUACCUUCUUGGUGCACUCACCAAAGUGCUCAUGGAAACUGGUCUCCCCUACCUGGCUGUUGCUGUCACUGUCCACACAGGACUGAACACUGGUGACCGGGACAUGCCUUUGUCAUAAGUGGCUCAGAACUGUCAGAUUGUCGUCUUGUUUGUUGAUCUCCACCUGUAGGACUGAGGAAGGAGAGGACAAAACACAGGCAGCCCCAGCCAAGGGAGGAGUCCACAGCCCCACUCCAGUUUUGAUUCGUAUACAACUUAAGCCUACUGAAAACAGCCUUAUGAAGCCUGUGCCUCUCAUGCCCUGAGUUCUUGUGGGUCCAGGCAGUGAAGUCAGGCUCCAUGUUCCAGCUGACCAGCAGAGUGACAAGCAGGCUGUGAAGCAGGGCAAGAAACUGUCUGUAGCAGCAAUCAGUGCUCUGCUGGCCACAGAGCAGCCAUGGGGAAGCCAGGCACUGCAUCCAAGAACAUUUCCAGGCCCGAAUCUGGCGGAGCAGUCUACCUUUGGCAGCCCUGCCAGCCCUGGGCAGUGUAGCUUGCAGAUGCCAUCUGCCUCCAAGAAGCCAGUGCCAUUAUCCCCAGCCUGUGUCUCUCCUCAGCAGCUGUAGACAAACUGCUGCCCUGCUGGUGCUGGGCUAGGACUGGUGCAUGACUCUCCUAUAAUCGUCUCAUGAGACCUCCAAGUCCUAGCUUGAAGCUAGAGGACCAUACCACUGCCUUUGGGGCCUGAAACUUUUGCUCCCUGUCUCUCAAAAUUUGAGUGAUGUUGGUCAUGUUAUCUCCACACACUUGUUAGCCAUAGCUGCUGUGGUUAGCAGCUAUGAAUACGUAGCUGGAUGCCACUUGAGGUGGAGACCACCAAAGCCUUUUUCCUCUGUGUCCAGGGAAGACAGGAAUUGCUGGACUCAGGGGUAUAAGAGCCUAGGGUUGGGGCAGAAGGACGUCAGUGGAGCGGGCAUGUUCUGGACAGUCCCUCCCUCAAGCACCUGGAAGUGGCCUCUGCAAGGCAGCUGCAUGCCAGCUGGUCCCCAGCUUUUAGCUGAGAUGGCUCAUGGGCAGAAUUGCCAACACUGUCCUGCUUUCCUUAGAAUAUAUGGUUUUGGAUUUCAGUUGUACAUUGCACUGUGUCCAGCAUUCUUUGCAAUAAAUACUUUUUUUUUUUU